GGGGCCGGGGCCGGGGCCGGGGCCGCGGCUGAGCGGGGACAGAGCGGGGCCGCCGCGCCUUUCCAGCCCCCCGAGGGCGGCUUCGGCUGGGUGGUGGUCUUCGCCGCCGCCUGGUGCAACGGCUCCAUCUUCGGCAUCCACAACUCCUUCGGGAUCCUCUACAUGAUGCUGCAGAGCGACCUGGGCGGGGAGAAGGAUCCGGCGCUCGAGUUUAAAACAGCAUGGGUCGGCUCCCUGGCCAUGGGGAUGAUUUUUUUCUGCUCUCCCAUCGUCAGCAUCUUCACCGACCGCAUCGGCUGCAGGACCACAGCGGCCAUGGGGGCCACCAUCGCCUUCAUCGGGCUCCUCUCCAGCUCCUUCACCAAGUCCCUGGAGGUGCGUUAUUUCACAUAUGGGAUCCUCUUUGGCUGUGGCAGCUCCUUCGCCUUCCAGCCCUCGCUGGUCAUCCUCGGCCACUACUUCAAGCGCCGCCUGGGCCUGGCCAACGGCAUCGUGGCCGGGGGCAGCUGCCUCAUCUCCGUGCCGCUCCCCUUCUUCCUCAAGAUGGUCGGGGGUGCCAUCGGGCUGGCACACACUUUCCAAGUACUCAGUGCCUUAAUGCUCAUCCAGAUCUUCUUGUCCAUGACCUACCGGCCUAUCCUGACGCCUUCUUGUGACUCUCAGCACGACGGGCACGACAAGCUGGGCAGCCGGAGCGUGAGGCGUCAGUGCUGGGCCCAGACCCGCAAGUAUUUCAACCUGAGGGUUUUCCGGAGAAAGACCUAUAGGAUUUGGGCCUUUGGGAUCGCUACUGCUGUCCUGGGAUACCUCGUACCUUACAUGAACCUGGUCAAAUACGUGGAGAAGCGAUUUCAGGAAACCAAAAAGGACUGGAUCCUCCUGGUUUGCCUCGGGGCCAUGUCAGGGCUGGGGCGCUUGAUUUCGGGCCGCAUUGGAGACUGCAUUCCUGGGCUGAAGAAGAUUUACCUGCAGGUUGCGUCCUUCAUGCUGUUGGGCCUCCUGUGCAUGAUGAUCCCCCAGUGCCGAGGUUUCGAGGGCGUCAUUGUCAUCUGCCUCUUCCUUGGCCUCUGUGAUGGCUUCUUCACCACCAUCAUGGCCCCCAUUGCCUUUGAGCUGGUGGGGCCCAUGCAGGCGUCCCAGGCCAUAGGGUACCUCAUGGGGCUGAUGGCCGUGCCCAUGACUGCAGGCACGCCCAUUGCAGGAUACCUCAACGAUUAUUUUGGGAAUUACGACGCGGCCUUUUACUUUGCCGGGGUGCCGCCCAUCAUCGGUGGCCUGGUGCUCUCUGUGGUGCCGCUGGUCCACCAGAGGAUGCUGAAGAAGCAGCGCCUGGAUUCUGGCAAAGACAAGAUGCUGGUGUCGGAGGCCGUGGUGAACGGGGAGCUGCUGCCAGGCUGCCCAGCCUCUGAAGCACACAUGUGA